AUGGCUUCCAACCCACCAACACUACUUGAUUACGCCAGGUUCUAUAAUAUCGCAGAGGAGUCAAAUCGAUACUGUCCAAUCAAUUAUGUGGACGACACAUGUGAGCCAACAAUCCCCACUCCCCCUGUUGAGGGUCUCAACCCCGAAAACCCGGAAGAUCGUCUCAAAGAAAUCGACCGACGCUUCUGCACCGACAUCAUGAUGGAGAGGCUCGCAACUAAGCCUGAGGAUAUGAAGCUCCUGAGUGGAUGUCUCCAGCUUCAGCCCUUCAACGGAAAUAUCUGGCGUGGUAUCCUGCCUGAAGUGACAACAUCUGAGCUUAAAAGCGAGCCUCUUCUCACAACAACCCAGGAUGAGAGAAUGUUCGCUUCGUCCGAGUUUGAUACCAACUUCGUGCAGAGUCCGACUCCAUCUUCGCCUAGCCUUUCGGUUCAUCUUGUUGUUCCUAGUGGUCCUAAUAUUGCUGCUGUCCCUACUAACACGCGCGAUGUCUUCGAUCUCUACAACUCGGCGGUGGCCUCCCAGUCAAACGCCCUUGAAUGUUUUACUACACCUGCCAAUGUGACUGCCGAGUCCUCCAACAUUACUAUGACAUCCCAUCUUGCAGGAGAUGCCUUGCCUGCCAUCGUGGGACCCUCAGGGACUGUGCAUCAAUUUGUCAGUAUUGAGUCUGACCCUGUUCCCUCUAUCACAGGUCAGGGGAGUGAGUAUUACGCCACAAGUGCAGUCAGCUCUGAGCACCCUACCGAAAGUGAAUUCGGUCCAUUUGUUUUUGAUAACACCGCGUCCCCACCAUUGUCCGAUGUCAGUCCAUACAACAAAUUACACCCCACCUUCUCUAUUGUUUCCCCAACUCUGACCAAAGAAAAAGGGUUCUCCGUUAGCGGAGUUGACAGCCAGAAAGCGCAAGCACCCAGAGAUUUGAAGGGGGAGAAAGGAACGAAGGCUCGCUUGGGGCCUGUGGCGGAUACAGGCAUGCCUUGUGAACAGAAGAUUACUGUGCCCGCUUCUCUUGGUACGAUCCGUGAAGAUACUCAGCUAGCACGAGCUUCGCAGAAUGCAAACGAUAACCAUGUUUCCUUCCAAACUUCUUACAAGCGCAACUCCAAUGUUAUGGCAAACCAUGCUUCGUAUGUGGACAAGAGACAGUCUUGCGCCGCUCAAGAGGAGCAGUUUCGCAUGAAACUGGGCUACAAGUCAAAUUUCACAGGAGGGAGAAAGAACCCCUUCCAGGCUCCACAUGAUGUUUCUUCCAUUGAUUAUACAACGACAACGAAAUCAUCCCAAGCAGUGCUUGGUGGCCUGGGAUCUUUGCCCUUGUUUAUGCAAACCAGAGGCAGUGAUGGAGGAUAUGUUACCUCAUCGCAUGAUCCAUCUUUCCUGUCAGAAUCCACAAGUGGACAAGGCGAGUUCAAUGUCCCUUUACCGGGUGGCAGUCCCCCAGACAAAGAUGAGGAUUCAUCGGGACGUCAGGAUCCGAGGAAUCCUCUCCGCUUGCUCGACGGCCCUGCCGUCUUCAUGCAGGAUAAGGUGACCCAAUCGGCGUUCAACCCGCCACCGAUGUUCUUCUUGUCUACCGCCCUCCUAAGAACCCACCUGUCAGUUGUACGAGAUAUGGAGAGAUGGCCAGAUAAUCCACCCAAAUUGAUUUACAGGGAGUAUGGGGACGCUUUCUGUGAUGCAGAAGUCAUUCUGGCACCUAAUACAGGGCUUAUCCUGACGACUCCUCAUGAGCUUACCCAGCGCUAUCUUCCAGGGCAUGGGCCAAGGGAUGAAAGGCUCAAUGGAAUCCAGGGACUUAACUCUCCACUCAGGGAAAAGAUUUUCCGCCUCAUGCAUCGCUAUGCGUUUCUAGUCAUUCUCAUCUGCGGAGCUGACGAUGCAGUCGUCAGCAGCGCUGCAUUUUCCUUCUGGAUGAGGGACAUCGGGUCGCUUGAUAGAUUUUGUGACAGCCACAAGGAAUCAUCAGAGACUUUACUGGUACCGAUCCCAAACCACUCGGCAUCCAUUGUAUUGUGGUGUUUCGGUAUGGGAAGGCUUCGAUAUGAAUUUUUUCCUUCUGAAUACAUGAAAAACGUCACCGAAGGAGAGUCAGAGUAUGAAGUCGCUCUCCGAGACCUGGGGAUUAAUCCUUUCGCGGCGCGCCUCAUCUUAGAUAACAUUCGUGUUGGUGGUUUCAACCAAUUCUCUGGCUUCGACCGAUAUCCACGCCCCCUGCCUUCUUCUCACGAGACAGUUGCAGACACGAGGACAGAUUCAAGGGCUUUCGAUGUAUUUAUAAGCCUGACUCCCUCGGAGCGGGAUAUGGGAUACGGGUUUGUAGGCGACGUAGUGAUGAACAGGGUGUCGGAAGGGAUCGAAUCAAUGGCACAUAUGAGCUCCGACGAGAAUGAGACUGGCGGCGAGGAUAUUUACAGCACUCCGAUCAGCCUUCACUAG